GAGCAGAUAUUUUUGCCUGUUUUUGUGUGGUUCUUUCUUACUCUCUUAUCCAAAAGUUUCUCCAUUUAUUGUUGCUAUAUUGCUAGUAAUAAUACCCUUUUAUAUGUCUUGCCAAAGUAAUGAACUGAAGUGAUCGAUCUGUAAACUAGAUAGCCAGUAAAUUUGAGCAGAAAGGUCCAAGUUGUGUAAACAAUGGCAGCAACAACAGCUACAACAAUUUUUGCAUCAUCAAAGCAGCGUAUUCCACUUAGCAAUGGCGCAACCAACACUUUGUUUCUAGGUAAUAAUUUGAUCACUAGUCCACUGUGGGAGCAUCCUUUAACAAGAGGUAGAGUUAUUAGCAUAAGAGACCGGCAAGUUAGAGCUACUGCUGUUAUUGCUACGAAUCCUAAAGAUGAAGUGAAAGAGUUUGUGUUGCCUACAUGGGCUGAGUUUGAGUUUGGAACUGCUCCUGUGUAUUGGAAAACCAUGAAUGGCUUACCUCCAACCGCGGGUGAAAGACUCAGAAUUUUUUACAAUCCAGCUGCUGUUAAUCUUGAACCUAAUGAAGACUUUGGAAUUGGUUUCAAUGGUGGCUUUAACCAGCCAAUUAUGUGUGGUGGUGAGCCAAGAGCAAUGCUCAAGAAAGAAAGAGGCAAAGUUGAUCCCCCGAUCUAUACUAUUCAAAUAUGCAUCCCUAAGCAUGCUAUGAACUUGAUAUUUUCUUUCACCAACGGUUCGGAAUGGGAUGGUCCUUACAGACUGCAGUUUCAAAUUCCCAAGUCUUUACAAAACAAACCAAUCAGUGUUCUUAAUGAGGGCCUAGCAGAAGAGUUGAGCAAAGAGGGUGCUUGUGACAGGGCAAUCUUCCCAGACACAAGCAUUGUCAUCACAAGGUGUGCCAUCAUCGCGAAUCUGACAGUGGAAGGGGGUGACCGUUGCAAUUUGGACCUUGUACCUGGAUGCACAGAUCCAAGUUCACCUAUGUAUGACCCAUUCGCCAAUGUAGAUGAUGGGUCAUGUCCCCCAUAUUCAGAUUCAGAAACUGAGGAGCAAUGAAUUUGGGAACAACGUCUGAUACACUGUAUAUAAUAAUAUCAGAGCAGAUGAACCUACCUAUCUUUUUGUUGCCUGAAAGAUUCACUAAACUUGCAUAUAGAAACUAAAAGUUACUGUAAAAUGAUGUUCCUUAAAUUGUAAAAAUAGAUUGUGUUACUGGCACCAUUUGAUGCAUUGAGCUGUGUGGAAAGAUAUUCUCUUA